AUGGCAGUGCUGGCUGUGUAUGUACUUGCCAGCAUCGCCCUAGGACUCAUUGCAACGAGCCGGAUCAAUGACUACGGUAGCCCGAAUGUCGUACCCUGGGCCACGCCAAUCUCUCUGCUGCUGAUAACAGCCCUGCAUCGCCUUUGGCCACAGCACAGAGAUCAGCAAUUCGAGACUACAUCAACCAACAGGCUCAAUUCGCUGGCAGGAGCCGCGUUCGGGAUAUGCUCGACGCUCGCUGUCUUCGGUCUAUCAGAACAAGGGUCCAUUGCGAGCCAAGCCAUCGACGUCGCACUGCUCGUGCCUGCUCUCUCCAUCAUCGCUCUGGUACACGGAAGCACGAGAGACGAAUGGAGCUGGGCGAGGUUGACAAUCGCGUCUUUGUUCGUCAGCUGGCCCAGAAGCAGCUACAGCACCGACUGGCUAAAUCUGACCAGCCACACUCUGUUCAAGCUAGGCAGUCUAUCUUCGAUUGUGCUACUCGAUCAGGCUCUCAUGCACAAUUUCCUCAGCAUCGCUACCCUAGCCUCUUUCGCAAUGGCUAUACCAUUUGCUGCAAGAUCGAGCACUGCUGUUGACCGUGUUUCUCUAUUGCCUGCACUCAUGGCAACGUCCCUCGCAACUAUACAAUUAGGCUGUACACUCAUCAUGACGAUAACACUGCGCGAUCUGUUCGAUCUGCAGCUGGCGAGCUAUGCUGUCCUGUUCGGAACGCUUCUGUUCUCGAAUCUGCGCGAUGGCGCUACGCUUAUCAUGCUUGCUUGCACUGCAAUCGGUACAUUCAUUAGUCUAUGGCCGCGCUACCUGCCGCGCGCAACACAGAGCGAGCACCAUUUGACCGAAGCAUCACUUAGCUUGCUCCCGAUGGCUGCACACUACAUCGAUCCGCCAAGCGACUUGAGCCAUUCUCGCGUCCACUCCAGUGACACAUUGACGGCAAUAGAUGACUCGACCUAUCUAGAAGAUCUUAAAGUACCUCAAAUAUCCCCACGACUGUCGAUUCAGCCAUCUUUGCUGCUGAUGAUCUGUCUCGUGCUGAUGUCGUUGUGGCCGCUGACGGGCUGGGUAGCACAUGACACUAGCAAAUGCGAGACCAGUCCCUGCCAUUCAUAUUCGCUCGGACACCACUGGCACGCGCAAUUGACUCCGCACAAGCAUAUGCCUGAUCACGCCACGACAAAAGGUUCACUCGAUAUCGUCAUCGCGUUCUACGAAGAGAAUCCGGCAGACCUGCUCGACGAGCUGGACGUGAUCAGGACGACGGUGCAUCCUCUGGGACUGACCUUGCGCACCUUCAUCUAUGUCAAAUCUGAUCGAAUCGAUCUCACAGAGCUUAAGCAUAUCAGCAGAGCAGACCAUGUACAAGUCUUGGCCAAUCGCGGCAGAGAAGGCGGUACAUUUCUGCAGCACAUCAUCAGACGACACACAGCAGACGGUCGCAACUUUGCAGAUCAUACACUGUUCUCCCAGGCACAUCUCACGAGUCACGAGAUUGCCCUGCCUCGGCUCGCUGCCUUUUCACCUCACGAUACAGGAUAUCUGCAUCUAGCACCCUAUGUCGCGUCUUCCUGUGGCUUCGAUCAUGUCAUCAACACGACCUUUCCACGUCUGCGCGAGACGUUCAAUAUGCUCAGCGGGGACGCAUACUGUCACGGCCAGCAGCUGACAGCAUGGAAAGCCCAAUUCAUUGUGAGCCGGCGAAGGAUUGCGUCUCGCCCUCUACGGCAUUACAAGCAGCUCGAGGAGCUCGUCAAUGCACCGCAUUCGCAUCCCUUCAUAUUUGACGACCCACCGCCGCCAGAUUGGAGCUAUUGGGGCGGACCCAUAUCGCCUUCGAAUCCACUUUUUGGUCACGCACUAGAACGAUCCUGGCCUGCCAUAUUCAAUUGCUCCGAUGCGACCAUUGCCUCGCAAUGCAACGAUAAGAGCGCUGAUCCUGAGUUAUGUCAAUGUCACGAUCGGCGCUCAAUCACAUCGUUUGCACCUCCCCCAGCAAGGCCGUUGUAA